AGAGAGAGAGAGAGAGAGGGGAUGGAUGAUGAGAAGAGAAGGAGCGGCGCCGGAGGAGCGGCGGAGGAGGAGAUGAGCGCGGGGAUCCGUACGGCGGAGACGAUGCUCCGGUUGGCUCCGGUGGCUCUUUGUGUGGCGGCUCUUGUUGUCAUGCUCAAAGAUUCUGAGUCCAGUGACUUUGGCUCUGUUUCUUACUCCAAUCUCAUAGCUUUCAGGUAUUUGGUGCAUGCAAAUGGAAUAUGUGCAGGUUACUCUCUUUUGUCGGCUGCUAUUACAGCAAUGUCUCGCUCUUCCUCCACCUUUCCUCGUGCUUGGACCUUCUUUUGCCUCGACCAGGUGUUAACGUACAUGGUGUUGGGAGCGGGAGCAGUGUCGAGUGAGGUGAUAUACAUAGCGUACAGAGGAGACUCGGCAAUCACAUGGAGCGAAGCAUGCAGUUCGUUCGGUAGCUUCUGCCACAAGGCAACUGCUUCUGUCGUCAUCACCUUCGUCGUCGUCUCCCUCUAUGUCUUUCUCUCUCUUCUCUCUUCUUACAAGCUCUUCUCUCUCUAUGGUCCUCCUCCUUCGUCUUCUGUUCAUUCCCACAAAGACACCGUCCAAGUCGCUGUCUUUGGAGCUUGAUCCUUGCUUUCCCUUUGAAAUUUCGACAAGACAUGUAAUGUAUGUAUGUAUGUAUGUAAUAAACAUAUGCUUUUAAACUUGUUCUUUUUUUCUUUCUAUA